GAUUCCCACUGUUGCUAACGUCCUGAAUUCCGGUUGCCCGGUGGAGGUUGACCAGCUUGAUUCAGUCUCCAAUUGCAGCUUGACGCCUUUACCCAAUUCUCGUCUCGCAUACAUUGCCGAUUACAGUAUGCACCCUCUCAGUCGCUAUGCUCGAGCAAAGCCAGAUUUCAAGCGGCUGGGGGACAGAUGCCCAGAGCUGGCACCUUUUGUCAAAGCUUCUGAGACUGGAUAUGCAGCCAUCGACUUUGCUGAUCCCGCUGCAUUAAGAGCGUUGACGAAAGCCUUGUUGAAGCAUGACUGGGAUCUGGACGUUGAUUUGAGAGACGACCGACUCUGUCCAACUAUCUCGAACCGGCUUGAUUAUGCUUUGUCCGUGUUGGACCUCGAACCGUUUCUCAAUUGUAUCCCGGGUUCAAGCAGUACCUCGAAAGGCCCUUCGCAGCCUGAUAGAGGACAUCAGCUCAGAAUCCUCGACAUUGGAACAGGACACAUCGCGGUAUAUCCACUCUUACUGCAUCGAUUGCGUUCCGACGCAGCCAUUACAGGCACCGACGUCAACGAUAUCUCGUUGCAACACGCUCAAUCAAUCUUGGAGCGCAAUCAGAUCUCCAAAGAGUCCAUCAAGCUCUUGAGAGCCGAUUCGAAUGGAGACAUACUGUUUGCGCUUCGUGACCAGUCUCAUGACAUCGUUAUGUGCAACCCUCCUUUCUACGCUUCAGAAGAGGAGAUGAAGCAGAAUACGGAGUUGAAGAAUCCAUCCAACAAUGCUGUUGUGACUGCAGCUGCCAACGAGUCUAUCUGUCCCGGUGGCGAGGUCGACUUUGUUAGCCGAAUGAUUUCCGAGUCAACUAGGUUGUCAGACAAGGCACAAUGGUUCACAAGCCUUAUUGGCAAAUACUCAUCUCUGACUCCCCUGGUAGAUUUGAUUAAGUCCUUCAAGAUCGACAACUACUUCAUCAAAUCUAUCAAGCAAGCCAAGACAAGUCGGUGGAUCAUCGGGUGGUCAUACAGCGAGAUCAGGCUCCCUGAUUCAUUGACUCUACCGGAGACGAUAAUGCCCAAUACAUCUUAUGCUCGUCUAUUACCGGCUCCAAAUCGACUCACCCAUAGGCCUCUCCAGCCGCCACUUGCCAUUGAGCUUCUCCGCGAAACUAUGAUGCCCGUCCUCUUGGAGUGUCAACUCGAUCCAAAUUCCAGUGCUCAGGCGGAAGAACAAGAAGAUGGUACCCUGAAUCUUUCUCCGAGAGGCAAUACGUGGUCACGGGCUGCUCGACGUCAGGCCGCCAGGGAGAAUGCUCAAAACAGCAUGGCCAUCGAUGAAAAGGCCCCGCAGGUCGCAGGACCGGUCAUACGGAUGAGGCUCUCUUUCUUACCACCAACUCCUCUAACCUCCGAGGGUACGCAAACACAACUUACCGACAGGGCAACGGGGGACUCUUCACAUGCAAUAGAUGAUGCUUCCAGCGAGCCAGCGCCGGCUUCAACUGCGAAUGGAGACUCGACCGGGACAACCUCACAAGGUGCGACUCUCGCUCUAGAUUGGCUACAAGGCAAAGAUAGAGCGCUGUUCGAAUCCUUCUGGAAGUUUUUACUGACCAAAGGCAAUCUGUUGGGCAAGCAGGGGGGGUCAGAGACUGCUGGAGGAGAGAAACGAUCUGCGGCGGGACCAGACUCUCAUGCGGGUCGCGACGCAGGUAGCGGCGGCAACAGAGGCGGCUUCAGAGGUCGGAUACGGAUCGGCUUUGCAGCUCGAGGAACCAGAGGAGGCGGUGGAAGCAGAGGGAGGGGUGAAGGCAGGGAUUCUGGCUGGGGGAGAGAUCAGGGAUGAGGCGACUGCCUGGAGACGUAAAUGAGUAUAAUUUUUGUGCAGUAAGGACUACUGCCGAAUGCAAGCACAAC